CCGCGUCGGGACACGGUCUCCUCCCGUCGCUCCUUUUUUUAAACCCCCAGGGGCUCCACGCACGCGGCCCCCACUCCCCACCCCCUGCCCUGCCCUGCCCUGCCCUGCCUGCGGCUGCUGCCCUGCUCCUGGGCUCCGGUAGUUCGGCCCCUUGCGGUCGCCCCAUUGGCUCCGCCGCACUAACUUCUGCCGCGGCGACGGCGGAGUUCGGUCCGACGCGAGGAACGCGAGGCUGCGCGUGAUCCGAGAGUUGUUGUUUUUUUUUGUCGCGCAACAAAUCAGCGGAUCCGUCUUGAGAUCACUUUGAACGACAAAAGCGGACGAAGCGAGCGGGUCCGUGACCAGGGCCGAAGCGUGAAGGGCACAGAAACAGCGGCAGGACUGGUGGAAACCCUACUCCGCUCCCGGACCGUGCUGACAGCAUGACGGAGAAGCGCUCGCUGGACGACGGCGCCGACACGGCCUGGCUGGGCGACGGCCAGUCCGAAACCCGGCUGUCCCCGGACGCGGCCGCGGCGGGCGGCGCCGACCGCCCGGCCUGGGACUCCAAGGUCCAGUAUGUGCUGGCGCAGGUGGGCUUCAGCGUGGGGCUGGGCAACGUGUGGAGGUUCCCGUACCUCUGCCACCAGAACGGAGGAGGGGCCUUCAUGCUGCUCUACGUCUUCCUGCUGCUGAUCGUGGGGGUGCCGCUGUUUUUCAUGGAGCUGGCAGCCGGUCAGAGCAUCCGGCAGGGCAGCAUCGGCGUGUGGAAGCACAUCUCCCCGAAGCUGGCCGGGAUCGGCUACUCCAGCUGCAUUGUCUGCUUCUUCGUGGGACUUUACUACAACGUCAUCAUCGCCUGGAGCCUUUUCUACAUGGGCAACUCCUUCCAGUAUCCUCUGCCAUGGGAGCAGUGUCCGCUGGACGUCGGCACCAACAGCACAGGUAACCACGGCAACGGGUGGGCUCAACCAAGCUGGCGGGUCGGGCCUCCUCACGCCGUUGUCUCUCCCCCGUCCACAGUACGAGAAUGCGCCAGCAGCUCGCCAACGUCGUACUUCUGGUUCCGUAAAGCCCUGAACAUCACGAACUCCAUCGAGGAAUCCGGGGAGUUUAACUCCGUCAUGACCGGCUGCUUGUUGGCGGCCUGGGCGAUCGUCGCGCUGGCGAUGAUCAAGGGCAUCAAGUCUUCUGCAAAGGUGAUGUACUUUUCUUCAGUCUUCCCCUAUGUGGUGCUCUUCAUCUUCCUCAUCAGAGGUGUGAUGUUGGACGGAGCAAUGGAAGGAGUCACCUACAUGUUUUACCCCAAACUGGAGAUCUGGGCCAACCUGCAGGUCUGGCGCCAGGCUGCCACGCAGGUGUUCUUCGCCCUCGGUCUGGGCUACGGCUCCGUUAUCGCCUAUUCCUCCUACAAUCCGGUCCACAACAACUGCCACCGGGAUGCGCUGAUGGUCUCCGGCAUCAACUUCAUGACGUCCGUGCUGGCCUCGCUGGUGGUCUUCGUCGUGCUGGGCUUCCGGGCUAAGAACAUCGCGACGCGCUGCGUGGCUGAGAAUCUUGGCCUGGUGAACACCAUGAUGUCCCACGGGUCCAGACAGGACUGGUGGCCUUCGUUCAACGCGACAGAUCCAGGAUCAGUGUCUGUAGACGAAUACAGAGAGUGGUACAGUCGCUACAGCGCCGCAGUGGGUCCCAACAUCACUGACUGCAGUUUAGAGGAGGAAAUGAAUAAGGGCGUGGAAGGCACCGGGCUGGCCUUCAUCGCCUUCACCGAGGUGAUGGCCCUCUUCCCGGCCAGCCCCUUCUGGUCGGCGCUCUUCUUCCUCAUGCUGCUCAACCUGGGCCUCAGCACCAUGUUCGGGACCAUGCAGGGCAUCCUCACGCCGCUCAUGGACAACUUUGGCCUCCUCGGGCGUCACCGGACUCUUCUCACCGUGUCCAGCUGUGCUUUGGGCUUCUUGAUCGGGCUGUUGUUCACACAGCGCUCAGGCAACUAUUUCGUGACUAUGUUCGAUGACUACUCGGCGACGCUACCGUUGAUCAUCGUGGUCAUUUUUGAAACCGCCAGUGUGGCCUGGGUUUAUGGAACGGACCGCUUCCUGGAUGACAUUGAAGUCAUGCUCAAAUGGCGCCCCCCGGUGGUGUACAAGUAUCUGUGGAAAUACGUCUGCCUGUUUGCAAUGGUCGGUCUGCUGGCUGCCAGUUUAGUGCGCAUGGUCUUCAAAGGGCCCACGUACACGGCCUGGAAUCAGAGCACAGCAUCAGAAAUGACCCUGGCGUACCCCGGCUGGGCGCUGGCUAUGAUCGUCAUGCUCAUCGCGUUCGCCAGCCUGCCGGUGCCCCUUGGCUACGUGCACUCCAGGCUGAAGAGCCGCGGGGCCGGCGGCGCCGAGUCGGAGGAGCGGGGCGGCCAGGAGAUGCACCGGGAGCUGUACACCAAGUGCAGCUCCACAGAGCCGCCGGACCCCAGCCCGCACCAGCGGGGCCCCUGCGAGGAGGACGGGCCUCGACCCAGGACCGGCUUCCUGCCCAUGGGCAGUGAACACUACCUGCUGCUGUCCCAGCAGGAGGAGGAGGACGAGGAGGAGGAGCAGGAUACGAGGGUGUGAACACAGCGGCGGAGACGAGAGAUAAACCAGCAAGAGUCUGCAAGAGGAGGGAGUGAUGGAGAGAAUCAUCAUCAUCAUCAUCAUCAUCAUCACAAUACUGUUGACAGUCCAGGUUGUUGGUAUCUAUAUUGGUGGAACUACACCAAACUAAGUUAUACAGAUUCAGUGGUUACGAAACUUUAACUUCCUCCAUUCAUUUCUGUGGAAACACUUGUAGGCUGACACAGAGAACCUCAAUUUAGCAGCUAGUGUUUACCGCAACUCAGAUUUCCUGUGGGGUUCAAACUAAUUACUGGUCAAGUAAUUAGUACACACGACUGGUGAAUGUAGCAACUGUUGUAUAGUAUGUAAUGAAUGUUUAGUUAAAUUAAGCAACUUGUAUUGGUUGGCAUGAAAACAUUGUACUUUAAAAGUGUGUGUGCGUGUGAUGAGAUUUUAAUAUGUUAGUAAAAUAAUAUAUAACUUUA